GCUGAGAUGGUUCAUUCUCAGCCUGGACACAGUGCUGCAAAACUUAGACCAGUUGCACCUCAGCACCAACUGCACAUCUACCAGUACAGAUGGCUCCACAGACUGGCUCCACCAGAAAGGAGACAAGACCUGCUUCAGCCUUUCUGCAGCUUUUCACUUGGGAAGAGAUCAGGAUGCACAAUGGCCGUGGGCAAGGACAGGAACAAUGGCUGGUGAUUGACAGGAAAGUGUAUGAUGUCAGCAAGUUUUCCAAACGACAUCCUGGAGGCAGCCGAGUUUUAAGCCACUAUGCUGGGCAAGAUGCUACGGAUGCCUUUAUAGCAUUUCAUAAGGACAAGUCCCUGGUGGAAAAAUACUUGAAGUCACUGCUGAUUGGGGAGCUGGCACCAGAUCAACCCAGCUGUGAGUCUAAUAAAGAUAAAGCACUUGUAGAGGAUUUUCGUGAGCUGCGCUGCUCUGUUGAGAAGAUGGGACUUCUGAGGCCAAAUUACACCUUUUUCUUCCUGAUUUUCCUUCACCUCCUGGUACUGGAUGUUGCAUCCUGGCUCGUGGUCUGGCACUUUGGAAUAUCCUUUGUGCCUUUCGUGGUUGGCAUAGUGUUGUUCACCACUGCUCAGAUCCAGAUGGGCUGGUUCCAACAUGAUCUGGGGCACUGCUCUGUCUUCAGGAAGCCUAAAUGGAAUCGACUUCUGCAGAUUGUGGUGAUAAAUGUUCUGAAGGGGUUUCCAGCCAGCUGGUGGAAUCACCUACACCACCAGCACCAUGCCAAACCCAACUGCUUCCUCAAAGACCCUGACCUCAGCUUGCACCCGAAACUCUUCAGCUUGGGAAAGACCCUCUCUGUGGAGCUUGGAAAAAAGAAGAAGAAGUUCAUGCCUUACAAUUAUCAGCAUAUGUACUUCAUCUUACUGACCCCACUUACAUUUAUACCCUUCCUCGAGUUCUCUGUAUUCUCCAUUGCAAUCAAGAAGAAAAACUGGUUGGACGUUUUAUUGACUGUCACUUUCUACAUCCGAAGUGGUCUCAUGUAUAUUCCUUUGAUGGGAUUUAAAAAUUUUGUGAUGUACUUCUGGCUGUGCAGGUGCCUGGAGAGUAUCUGGUUUGCUUGGGUGACACAGAUGAAUCACAUUCCAAUGCACAUUGAUUAUGAUAGGAACAAAGACUGGGUAUCUACUCAGCUCCAUGCAACGUGCAACGUGAAACAAUCUUUGUUCAAUGACUGGUUCACUGGGCACCUCAACUUCCAAAUUGAGCACCACCUUUUCCCCACAAUGCCUCGACACAACUACUGCAAAGUAGCUCCUCUGGUGAAAGCCCUUUGUGAGAAGCAUGGCAUUGAGUAUAAAAGCAAGACGUUACUGACAGCAUUUUCAGAUAUUUUGCAUUCACUGAAGGAUUCCGGAGAGCACUGGCUUGAAGCUUAUCUGCAUGGAUAGAAACUGGCAGCUCUCAACUGGAAUCUCUUCACCAGGCAACAGCUGCAGACUCAGCACAGACCAGCAGCGUGUGUGUGUCUUCUGGCAUAAAAACUCAGGAGCUGGGCAAAGCUAACUGCAGUAACAAGGGGUGGGAUAGUAGCUUCACUAGACAUU